UGGUGGUGGCGGUGGUGGAGGAGGAGUGGGUGGUGGAUUGACCAAGUCAUCGUCCAAGUUCUCGCUGGAUAGUGUUGGCACGUAUUUGGGAAACCGGCGCCGGGCUGGAAGUGUGUCGAGUGGCAACAAUGGCAUUGGUGGUAGUAGUAAGGGCAAUGUGCAGAAGAUGUCGCCAGCGCAGGAGUUGCAGGAACAGGUUCAGCAGCUACAGGAAUUACGAGAGCAGCGGGAGCAGCGAGAGCAGCAGCAGCAAAGGGAGCCAUUGCCGAGAAUGGGGUUGGUGCGGUCGCCGUCAUCGACGAAUAGUACGGCCGGGAUGGGGUCAAUGACCUCUUCUGGAAGCAACCGGAAGGAGGUAGAUUUGUACCCGCUUGGUCGGCCGUUCGAGAACAUGCCGACGCCGAUGCCGACGUCGAUGCCAACGACCGCCAUGACGACCACGGUGAUGAUGGCGUCGACGACGGGGGCCGGGGGAACGGAUAAGGAUGCGUUGACGCUAGCAUCGACGUUGCCGCCGACGCCUCCAGUGACGGGCAUGCCACCGAGUGGGAUGUUAUCGCCGUCGGGUUCGACGAGGUCGACAGAGUCGGCGGGAUCGACGGGAUCGACUUCGAGCAAGUCGGCGUAUCUGCAGCAACGGUCACAGGCGGCGUUGGGGUCUGCGAAGGCCUGGAUGAAGCGAUCGCUGGAAGAUCGGAGGGUCAGUGAGGAUGACCCGCUUCUGGCGGGGAUGGAGUGAUGAUGAAAAAAACAACAACAGCGACAACAACAACAACAACAACAAC